UGCGCGGCCGCCCGUGCGCUCGCCGAGCCGGGCCCGGGCACCGCGUCCUCACGAGGAGCCGAGCCGAAGCUGCCUCGGCGCGGCCAGGCUAGCGACCACUCCGGGGCCUGAUGAUGAAGCUAAGCCUGCUGUGCUGGCCCCUGUCCUGCCUCAUCCUGCUGCUUCCCUGGCCUCUGGCCACACCAGCAUCCACUACCCCGUGGCAGUGCCCACCGGGGGAAGAGCCCGGCCUGGACCCAGAGCAGGGCACAUUGUGCAGAUCCUGCCCGCCGGGCACCUUCUCAGCCUCAUGGGGCUCCAGUCCAUGCCAGCCCCAUAACCGCUGCAGCUUUCGGAGGCGGCUGGAGGCCCAGGCAGGCACGGCGACUCAGGAUGCGCUCUGUGGAGGCUGCCAGCCUGGGUGGUUUGGGCCUUGGGAGGUCCCCCGUGUUCCAUGUCAGCCGUGCUCCUGGGCCCCUCCGGGUACUCGAGGCUGUGAUGAAUGGGGGCGGCGGACCCGGCGAGGUGUGGAGGUGGCUGCAGGGGCCAGCAGUGCCGGCGAGACGCGGCAGACCGGGAACGGCACGCGGGCGGGCGGCCCCGAGGAGACGGCCACCCAGUACGCCGUGAUCGCCAUUGUGCCUGUCUUCUGCCUCAUGGGGCUGCUGGGCAUCCUGGUGUGCAACCUGCUCAAGCGGAAGGGCUACCACUGCACGGCCCACAAGGAGGUCGGGCCCGGCCCUGGAGGCGGAGGCAGCGGGAUCAAUCCCGCCUACCGGACCGAGGAUGCCAACGAGGACACCAUUGGGGUCCUGGUGCGCCUCAUCACAGAGAAGAAAGAGAACGCGGCGGCCCUGGAGGAGCUGCUGAAGGAGCACCAUAGCAAACAGCUGGUGCAGACGAGCCACAGGCUCGGGCCCAGGCCGCCACCAGCUGCCCCCGGCACGCCACACAUCUGCCCACACCGCCACCACCUCCACACCGUGCAGGGCCUGGCCUCGCUCUCCGGCCCGUGCUGCUCCCGUUGUAGCCAGAAGAAGUGGCCGGAGGUGCUGCUGUCUCCUGAGGCUGCAGCCGCUGCCACGCCUGCCCCCAGCCUCCUGCCCAACCCCAUUAGGACACCCAAGGCUGGGGCCAAGGCGGGCCGCCAGGGCGAGAUCACCAUCUUGUCUGUGGGCAGGUUCCGGGUGGCUCGAAUUCCGGAGCAGCGGACGAGUUCUGGGGCAUCUGAGGUGAAGACCAUCACAGAGGCUGGGCCCUCAGGGAAUGAGCCCCCCGACUCCCCACAGCCUGGCCUCCAGGCUGAGCAGCGGGCACUGCUGGGAAGUGGCGGAAGCCAUGCUAAGUGGUUAAAGGCCCCAGUGGAGACCAAGGCCGAGGAGAACCGCUAUGUGGUCCGGAUGAGCGAGAGCAACCUGGUGAUCUGAGGCUGCCCGGUGUGUGGACGCCACAGCCCCGCCCUGGGAGGCGCCGAAGGUUUCCUGGAGGAGGGAAAGCUGCAGCGGGGGACCAGAAGCCAAGGCCCAGCAGCCAGAGCUGCAGAGGCCAAGGCCUGGAGGUGGGCCCGUCCGCCCCAGUGAGGCACUGUGUGCAGGAGUGGACUGAGAGCCCGCCCCGUCCCCACGGCCCCGCCCCCGUGCCCGCCCUGCAGAUCCUAGGAGCCCUGGGGGUUCUCUGUAGCACCAGGGCUUGGCAGGGGAGGGCUCUGUGCCUGGUGCCCUCUGGCCCUGCACGGGGCUCUGGGGCAGACGUGCCUCCCGCUCCUCUGCCAGCAGGCCCCGUGCAGGGGAGGGGCGAUGGGCAGGCCUAGGCUGGGAGGUGCAGUCUGCGUUCUGGUCCUGGGCGUGGCCACCGGGGCUGGGGUCGCACUGUGAAGCUGGGAGGCGGCGUCGCGGCGCCCAGGGCCGCCCAGCUCCUGACGGGCUCUGCGCUGGGUUGAGCGGGGAGAGCUCAACUCUGCACCCCUCCCGUUAGUAGUUUUACCUGGCCCUAUUUCUGCUGCUUCCGGGGCCCUCGCGGGGCUGUGCUUCCACGGCUCUGCUUCGUGCAUGUGCCUGCCCCUGCCUCUGCUGUUCGCAGUGAAAUUCAAACAUGGACUUGACUUGGGCAGGGCCGCCCCUGAGAUGUCAGGUGUCUCAGGGCAGGGGGCGUUGGCCAGGCUGGGGGGUGCUCAGGCGUCUGUGGCUUCCCAGUCCCUGUCCCCCAGCUCUGGGCAGCCCAGGUGACUGCUGGCCCAUGCCCCAUCUCCACGCUGGUUCAGCCGCCUCGCCUCGUUAUUUAUGUGGGGCCGUGCAGGCGCGGGCCCACUGCCCCUCCCCAUCUCCUAUUUAUUGAAACUCGCCCUUGUCCUGUCCUGCAUCUCCGUCUCCAUCCUCUUGUGGAACAAUAAAAGGUGGGAAAGCUGUGUCAUGAGGGGCUUCUUUGCAGCGUCCCCUCCCAAGCCGCCCCUCCUCCCCGGUCCCCUGGCAGCGCCCGCCCCUUAGCCACAGAGCUGUCCCACAGAUAACAGUGAGAGCCACACGCCUGACCUCAAAACGUGUCAUAAAACUAUUUUAUUUAGAAGUUUUUUUAAAAUCAGCAUAUAGUACUUGCACGUUCUCCUGGGAUGCGGUGCAAUAGUUCCACACACACACUGUGAUCCCGUCAGACUGGGUACCUGGCCUUCCCCUUUCCAUCUCCUGGGUUUGCAGCCCCCCGGCACCUCCUGCCAGUGUGUGCCUGUGCCCGGCAGUGCCCGCGGAGCUCCAGAGCGCCUGCCUUCGUCUGCCUGGGCUCGGUGCCUGCCAUCCAACCUCCCUCCAUCCCCGACUUACAACUGCAGAGAGUGGAGACAGGAACUGAGGUUUACUAAUACACGUUUUUAGCCUAAUACAUAAGAAAUCUUUGCAUUUCAAUACAAAAUC